GUCACAAUAAUUCUGAACUGAACCGAAGCAAGAUAUGUCAAGGCAUAGGGUUUGAAACUUCUUGAGUCCGCCCCUUCAUGUUUGAAUAUAUUACAUUAUUAGAUAGAAUACGACCAAAGCACUCUUAACGUUCCAUUUCUCUCUUUCUCGAACCUUCCAUUUCCGAUCGAUCGUUGCAACGGUUCACUUUGCACAUCAUUCUUCACCAAACUCUGUUCCCGGAUCUGCUACUUUGCUUUAUUUCUUUUCUUCAAACUCUAAAAACUGUACUUAUUGACUUAGUUUUGUGCAGGAAGUUUGUUCAUGCCCUUCUUGGAAGGGAUUAGAAUGAUUAUGAGAAUCAUCUGUGAAAAGAUUUGCAGUGAAUUAAGAAUUGGGGUAUGCGUUUUUCUCUGUACAACAAAUUAUGGACAGUGAGCAGAGCAUGCCUGCUCCAUCUCAUGAGUACGCUGAUGGUUCCCAGAAAGUCAGAGCAUUACAUGGGAGGACUACUGGCCCUACAAGGCGUUCUACAAAAGGGCAAUGGACACCGGAGGAGGAUGAUAUCUUACGGAAGGCUGUUCAGAGAUUUAAAGGAAAAAAUUGGAAAAAAAUUGCGGAAUGUUUCAAGGACAGAACUGAUGUGCAAUGCCUACAUAGGUGGCAGAAAGUUUUAAAUCCUGAACUUGUUAAAGGUCCAUGGUCUAAAGAGGAAGAUGAAAUAAUUAUUGAAUUGGUGAAGCAAAAUGGACCGAAAAAGUGGUCAGCUAUAGCACAACAUUUACCUGGACGUAUUGGUAAGCAAUGCCGAGAAAGGUGGUGUAAUCAUCUUGAUCCUACUAUCAAAAAAGAAGCAUGGACCCAGGAAGAGGAGUUGGCUCUAAUACAUUUUCAUCGGAUGUAUGGGAACAAAUGGGCAGAAUUGUCAAAGUUCAUUCCUGGAAGGACAGACAAUGCUAUUAAAAACCACUGGAACAGUUCUGUGAAAAAGAAAUUGGAUUCUUAUUUGGCAUCAGGUUUGCUUAGUCAAAUUGAGUCUGUACCUCAUGUUGGAAAUUCAAAUCAACCAACAAGGUUGCAGUGUAGUGAUGAUAAUGGUCCCAAGGGGACUGAAGUUGAGGAAGUUUCUCAGUGCAGCCAAGGUUCAGCUAAUGCUGCUUGCUUUCCAUCUGCUAGAGGGACGAGCAGUGCUGACUCGCAAACUGGAGAGGCAUAUAGGCCAGAUGAAGAAUGUAGUCUUGGAAAGGAUCAUAAUCUGAGUCGAGCAUCUUGUUCAGAGGAGCCAUAUUACGUAUCAAUAGAUGAUGUUACUAUAUGCAUCCCAGAUAUUGCUCACCAAGAUGCUUGCAAUUCUCAAUUCAUUGAUCAACAGUUACAUGAACCUGGAAAUUCCAUUAGUGGGGAUUGUCAGUUCAAUAUACAUUCCAUACCCAAUAUUUCAUCACAGUUGCAAAGUGAUUGUAUAGCUCCUAUUGAAAUCUGUGACAUGGUGAGUGUUCCAUUUCAGACAUCAGUGGAGUUAGGUGUUUCAGCAUCCGGACCUGCAUCUAUGGAUUCUCUUAAACCAGAGCACAUGUUGAUAUCUGAUGAAGAAUGUUGCAGAGUCCUGUUUUCAGAUGCAACGGAUGAUGGAUGUUUUUCCCAUGUAGAUUACAAUAAAGGUGAAGAUAUGGUUGGAUUUUCUGGAUGCACUUCAUUUCUUUGUCAAUCAUGUAAUAUCCAGAUAUCUGAAAUGGGUGGAACCUCAACUCCACAUCCAACUUGUCCUCAGUGUUCUAAUAAUUAUAGAGGAGCUUCAUCGUCCCAAUCUGUACCCAUGGUACUCUCUGAUAGUGACGAUAGGCUGGUGACUACUGCCAAUGGCAAUCAAUUUUUUGGGACUGAGGAUUACCAAUUUGUCUCCAGAGCACCUGCUAACUCAACUUAUUUCAGUGAAUUAUCUGGUUCUCCUUGUGCUGAUGGUAUAGGUAGUGAAGUAAUGAAAGAGCCACAUGAUAUUCUGAAGGGUACCUCAGAAUUGGUCCCUGUAAAUACUUCUGGCUGUGUAUCAAAUGCCAAGCAAAUUUGUAAUCCAACAGAUGAGAAAACAAAUGUCCAUACCGAAAAGGAGGACCCAGGAUCUCUAUGUUAUGAACCCCCCCGUUUUCCAAGCUUGGAUAUUCCUUUCUUCAGCUGUGAUCUUGUGCAAUCUGGGAGUGAUCUGCAGCAAGAGUUUAGUCCUUUGGGUCUACGCCAGUUUAUGAUACCUUCUAUGAACUGUCUCACUCCUUUCAGGUUGUGGGACUCACCCUCUCGUGAUGAUAGUCCAGAUGCAUUGUUAAAAAGUGCAGCUAAAACUUUUACAGGCACACCAUCCAUAUUAAAGAAACGACACCGAGAUUUGUUGUCACCACUCUCGGAUAAAAGAAUUGAUAAGAAACUUGGGACUGACAUGGCAUCUACCUUUACCAAAAAUCUUCCCAGUUUGGAUGUCAUGUUUGGUGACAAUGAGACUCAGGAAGUGGAUAUGCCUUCAUCUUCAUCUUCAUUGCAAAAACAGAACUCCAGUGCACCUGUUGAUGAUGAUAAUAAAGAAAAUUGUGGACAGGCUUAUAAAGGAGAACAAGUUGAGCAUCAAUCUGCAAUUUUGGAUGAAAAGAGCUCUCAAAAAGAUACUGUCAACAGUAAUUCUCAGCAUAAUGUAAAGCAACACUCUCUUGAUUCUAAAAUGAAGGUUGAUGCCACAUCUACCGAGAUUGAGCAACAACCUUCUGGAGUUUUGGUUGAACAUGAUGUGAAUGACCUGUCGCUGUCUUCUCCUGAUCAAGUUGGUUUAAAAUCAGACAGAGGUUCAGGGUCAAGUGCAAAAACUCCCAAAAGCUUGAACAGGUCCAUGGAAGCAGCUCCAAAUCAGAGUGGCCAUUUGAAAUUAUCUUCUGAAAAUCCAUGCUCAAGGGUUAAAUCGAAUUCUUCCUGUGUUCGUGCAAAGGAGCAUGAAAAACUUUCAGUUGCUGUUACUCGUGUACAAGCUCUAGGUGACAAUUCAGGGGAACAAACCAGAAUGGAUGGUGGUUUUGAAACAUGUAGCAUAUUUGGUGGAACACCUUUUAGGAAAGGCAUUGAAUCACCUUCUGCAUGGAAAUCUCCUUGGUUCUUCAACCCUUUUCUAUCUAGUCCCAGACUUGAUACUGAUAUUACAAUUGAGGAUUUUCAGUAUUUAAUGAGGAGCCCGGGUGAUAGAAGCUAUGAUGCAAUUGGGUUGUUGAAACAGAUCAGUGAACAAACUGCUGCCACAUAUGCCAAUGCUCAGGAGAUUUUGGUAAAUGAAACUCCUAAGGCAUUACCGAAAGAUCCAUCAGGAAAUGACGAGGCUAGGGACCAGGAAAAUAAUCCUCCCAGUCAGCCUGGCAACCAUUCUCAGUUGGCUUCAAAUGCUUUGAUAGAGCGACGCACACUGGACUUUAGUGAAUGUGGAACACCAGGAAAGGGUGAUAACAACAAAUCCUCAUCUGUGAGCUUUUCAAGCCCUUCUUCGUAUUUGUUGAAAGGUUGUAGAUGAUUGUCAAAUAUGGCUAAAACCUCUGUUGUUAGAGUUUGCUCUAUAUGUUUAAUUGUAUUUUAUAAAUAUGUGUAUAGUAUUCCAUUUCAUGAGUUGUUUUUUGUAUUAAAGCGUCUCAGCGAUCAAAGUUGUUUGAAAUAAAAAUGUUCCUUUCAUUUGGUAAA